UGCAGGCACGGCGAGGCCGGACGCGGGCGCCGGCGCUGGAAGAUGACUCGCUUCGCGCUGACCGUUGUCCGGCAUGGAGAAACAAGAUUUAACAAGGAGAAAAUAAUUCAAGGACAAGGAAUAGAUGAACCUCUUUCAGAAACUGGAUUUAAACAAGCAGCUGCUGCUGGUAUAUUUCUGAGUAAUGUAAGAUUUACUCAUGCUUUCUCCAGUGACCUCAUGAGGACAAAGCAGACCAUGCAUGGAAUUUUGGAGAAAAGCAAAUUUUGCAAAGAUAUGACAGUAAAGUAUGAUUCAAGACUUCGAGAAAGAAGAUACGGGAUUGUAGAAGGCCAGGCACUGAGUAAGCUGCUGGCCAUGGCCAAAGCGGCUGGGGAAGAAUGCCCUGCAUUCACACCGCCUGGAGGAGAGACCAUAGACCAGGUGAAAAUGCGUGGAAAAGACUUCUUUGAAUUUCUUUGCCAACUAAUUCUGAAAGAAUCAGCUCAAAAAGAACAGUUUUCCCAUGGAACUCCAAGCAACUGUCUGGAAACUUCUUUGGCAGAGAUAUUCCCUUUAGGAAAAAACCGUGGCUCUGAGUUGAAUUCAGACGGCAGUGCGCGAGGGUUAGCGGCCAGUGUCCUAGUUGUGAGUCAUGGCGCUUACAUGAAAAGCCUAUUCGAUUAUUUUCUGACUGACCUCACGUGUUACUUACCAGCAACUGUGAGCAAAUCCAAACUUGUAUCAGUCACUCCCAAUACAGGGAUUAGUUUCUUUGUCAUAAACUUUGAGGAAGGAAGAGAAGUUAAACCAACAAUUCAGUGUAUUUGUACGAGCUUACAGGAUCAUCUAAGUGGAGCAGCUGAAACUCGCUAAGUUUAAAGUUACAACAAAAUCUAAGAAUUUUGAGCCUCUGAAAGGAGUGCUUUUGACUUUAUUUACUUCUGUUCUCUGCUAGUGCUGAUUUGGAAACUGUUAACAGCCAAUUAUAAAGUUCAAGUGGAAUUAUAGCCACAUAAAACUCUAAUGGAAAACCAUUUAGGAUUGACUUAUUUUGUCUGAGUACAGUUGGCGUUUUCCAGGGUAAUUUUACCACCCUGCUCAGUUACAGCUCAGAAUUGUAAAUGGAUGAAGGAACUCAGUAUUGCAAGUGGG